AUAUAAGAAUUUAUAAUGAUAUUAAAGAUAUGAAUAAGAAGAUAAUAAAUGCCCGCAGAGGUAUUAAUAUGUUUAAUAAGAUGAGCUGUGGCGAUGAGGGUUUUAUUGAAGUUGAAGGAAUAGAACAGCCAUAUAAAAUUACACAAAAAGAUAUAAAAGAAAAAAUAGAUAUUAAUAGCGGACAGAAGGGGUAUGAAUUGGAGCUUAAAACGUUUGGACCAUAUAUUUUUGAUUAUACGAGAAAUGGGAGGUGUGUAUUAUUAGGAGGAAAAAAAGGGCAUAUUGGGGGAUUUGAAUGGAAAAAAGGAGUGUUAAAUACAGAGAUUAAUGUUAAUGAGAAUAUAAUGGAUGUAAAAUGGCUUCAUAAUGAGAAGCUUUUUGUAGCGGCGCAAAAGAAAUAUGUUUAUAUGUAUGAUAAUAAGGGGAUAGAAGUUCAUUGUUUGAAGCGACAUAUUGAAGUUUUAUAUAUGGAAUUUUUACCAUAUCAUUAUCUUUUAGCAACGAUAGGAAGAGCAGGAUAUCUUAAAUAUCAAGAUAUUUCUACAGGAAGAAUUAUUGCGGAAUAUUCUACGGGAGCUGGAAUGCCUAAAGCAAUGGUACAAAAUCGAUAUAAUGCGAUUAUUCAUGUAGGACAUUAUAAUGGGACAGUUAGUUUAUGGUCACCGAAUUUAUCAACGCCUUUAGUUAAAAUUUUAAGUCAUAGAGGACCAAUUACAGGACUUUCAAUAGAUCGUGAAGGAAGAUAUAUGGUAUCAUCAGGAGCAGAUAGUCAAGUGAAAAUUUGGGAUAUAAGAAAUUGGAAAGAAGUACAUUCAUAUUUUUCACGAAUUCCAGCGUCUACAUUGGAUAUAAGUGAUACAGGAAUGCUAGCAAUAGGAUGGGGUUCACAUAUUAGUUUUUGGAAAGAUGCAUUAAGAAAAAAGCAAAAAUCACCAUAUUUAACACAUUUGAAUCCAGGAUCAGCAAUUAAACGGGUGAGAUUUUGUCCUUAUGAAGAUGUUUUAGGUUUUUCGCAUAUGAAAGGAUUUUCAAGCCUUAUUGUUCCAGGUUCUGGAGAACCAUCAUAUGAUGCAUAUGAAAUAAAUCCAUAUGAAACGAAAAAACAGAGAAGAGAAAAGGAAGUUCGUAGUUUACUUGAAAAGUUACAUCCAGAAAUGAUUGUUUUGGAUCCUGAUUAUAUUGGAAAAGUCGAUACUACUCCUUCUACUUCUAAAGAAAAUGAUUCAAUCAAGGAAUCAAAGCCUCCUGAACAAAAAUGGGUUCCUAAACCUAAAACUCGUGGAAAGAACUCUGCAUUGCGUAGAUAUCUUCGUAAAAGGGCAAAGAAUAUAAUUGAUGAUCGAAAACUUCGAAUACAAGCAUCUCUUGAUAAAGAAAAGAAACUUAGACAAAUACACUUAAGAAAACGACUUAAUUUACCUUUAGAGAAACCUUUAGGUCCUGCUUUAGAAAGAUUUAAUUCAAAAAAAAAUAUUUAUUCUUAUAAAUAACAUUCAGGCAAGAUCAUUGACCUUAUUUUUUCAAUGAUUUCUUG